GCCUUUACUUCGUCUCCUGGAACGGUGUCGUCACACGAUGACUUCUACAUGACCUCCAAUCGGCUGGCUGUGAUUGAGACUACCAACGGCAUGUACAAUGACACGUACAUACGACGAAACAUCCGUGUGGAAUCGCUGAUGACCUUCCACCGUGCGAAUGUGGCUAACAUGCUUGCUAAAUCGGGUAGGUAUCCGUUCGGUGUAUGGAUCCUGGGGUUCUGA